AUGACUGACAAAAAGACAGCUACAUCAGCUACAAAAAAAGCUUCAGCUGCUACUAAAAAACCAGUUGCAGCAACUCCAGCUGCACCAAAAACUGAAAAAGUCGAAGUAGCUAAAAAACCAGCCACUGCAACAGCAACACCUGCAGCAGCAGCAGCAACAACAACACCAGCUCCAACUAAACCAAAGGCAACGGUACCAAGUACUAAAUCAACAUCAUCUUUGGCUAAAACGUCGACAAAAGUUACCAAAAAAUCGACAACAGCUACAAAAGGUGGUGCUAAAAAGAAACAUAAGGCUAUCAAAUACUAUAUCGAUUGUACACAUCCCGUUGAAGAUGGUAUUUUUGAUCUUAAUGCAUUUGAACGAUUUUUACUUGAAAAAAUGAAGAUCAAUGGUAAAACUUCAAAUUUAACUGGUAAUGUUGGUGUUGAACGGGCUAAAUCGAAAAUAUCUGUUACAUCUGAAGUUCCACUUUCAAAACGUUAUAUGAAAUAUUUAACAAAAAAAUUCUUGAAAAAACAUGAACUUCGUGAUUGGUUACGUGUUAUUGCUAAUUCAAAAGAUGCCUAUGAAUUACGUUACUUCAAUAUCAAUCAAGAAGAAAAUGAAGGCGAAGAAGCUUAA